AUGAAGUGGAUUGGGGUCCUCAGCCUGGUGGCCCUCUCAGAAUGCUUAGUCACAAUCCCUCUGAUAAAGAUCAAGUCCAUGCGAGAAAAUCUCAGGAGAAGAGACCUGCUGAAGGAUUUCCUGGAGAAGCAUCCUUACAGACUGUCCUAUAAGUUUUACAAGCAAUCGAACUCGGAAGUGACUUAUGAACCCAGGAGAAACUACCUGGAUCUGUACUACGUUGGCAACAUCAGCAUUGGAACGCCCCCUCAGGAGUUCAAGGUCAUCUUUGACACCGGCUCAGCUGACUUGUGGGUCCCCUCCAUCUACUGCUCCAGCAAGGCCUGCACCACACACAACGUCUUCGACCCCCGGCUGUCCUCCACCUUCCGGAGCACACGCCAGCGCAUCCGGCUCAUCUACGGCUCGGGGAUCAUGUCCGGGUUUCUCGGCUACGACAACGUCCAGAUCGGAAGCCUUGUGGUUGUGUCCCAGGCUUUUGGCCUGAGCCAGAAGGAGUCCAACAAGUCCUUUGAAAAUGGGACCUUUGAUGGCAUCCUAGGCCUGGCCUACCCCAACAUCGCCUUCCGAGGGUCCACCCCCAUCUUUGACAACCUGUGGAAACAAGGCCUCAUUUCUCAGAACAUCUUCGCCUUCUACUUGAGUAGCAACAACAAGAAGAGAAGCGUGGUGUUGUUCGGCGGGGUGGACCCCUCCUACUACAAGGGGGACCUCAAGUGGGUGCCGGUGACUCAACGUGGCUUCUGGCAGAUAUCCAUGGACAGCGUCUCCAUGAAUGGGAAGAUUAUUGCUUGUAAAAGUGGCUGCCAGGCAAUUGUCGAUACUGGGACCUCACUGGUGAUUGGCCCAAAUGACCCUAUUCUCGAAAUCCUGAAGACCAUCAACGCCCAGCCCAUCAGCAGUGGCGAGUACAUUGUCAACUGUAGCUCCGUCGACACCCUGCCUGACACCAUCUUCACCAUCAAUGGCAUCAAGUACCCCGUACCAGCCAGUGCCUACAUCCAGAAGUACAACUCAGACAUCUGCUACAGCAACUUUGAAGGCAUGGUAGCCAAUUCAGAUGUCUGGAUCCUGGGUGAUGUCUUCCUGAGGCUGUACUUCACCGUUUUCGAUCGGGCAAAUGACCGGAUUGGCCUGGCUCCAGUGGUGAUAUAG